AUGGCGAAAGCUUCGAAGCAACAGGCUUCAUCCGACGAAGAAUUCUCCAACUCUUCGAGUUCAUCGGAGGAAGAGCAAGUGAAUGAGCAGAUCAACGAAGAAGAAGAUGAAGAGGAGCUGGAAGCUGUAGCUCGCGCGGCUAGUUCCGAUGAUGAUGAAGUUACCGGUGAUAAUCCGCCGGAUUCCGAUGAAGAUGCUGCUGCUGAAGACGUUGACGACGAUGAACAGGGAGGAGAUGAUGAUGCUCCUGAAAUCAGCAAACGUGAGAAGGCUAGACUUAAAGAAAUGCAGAAAAUGAAGAAACAGAAAAUUCAGGAGAUAUUGGAUACUCAGAAUGCUGCCAUUGAAGCUGACAUGAACAAUAGAGGAAAGGGACGUUUGAAGUAUCUGUUACAGCAGACUGAGCUGUUUGCGCAUUUUGCAAAAGGUGAUUCAUCAUCAUCUCAAAAGAAGACAAGAGGAAGUGGCCGCCAUGCGUCAAAAGUGACUGAAGAAGAGGAAGAUGAAGAGUACCUGAAAGGAGAAGAAGAUGGUGUUGCGAACACUCGUCUGAUGACACAACCAUCAUGUAUUCAAGGGAAGAUGAGGGAUUACCAAUUGGCUGGACUAAAUUGGCUCAUUAGAUUGUAUGAGAAUGGAAUAAAUGGAAUUCUGGCUGAUGAGAUGGGGCUCGGUAAAACAUUGCAAACUAUAUCUUUAAUGGGUUACUUGCAUGAGUUCAGAGGAAUUAAAGGUCCUCAUAUGGUGGUUGCCCCAAAAUCAACUCUUGGGAAUUGGAUGAAUGAGAUUCGCCGCUUCUGUCCUAUUCUGCGUGCUGUAAAAUUCCUUGGCAACCCUGAAGAAAGGAGACAUAUAAGAGAGGAAUUGUUGGUUGCUGGGAAGUUUGAUGUUUGUGUUACAAGUUUUGAAAUGGCUAUCAAGGAGAAGUCUACUUUACGUCGGUUUAGUUGGCGCUACAUAAUUAUCGAUGAAGCUCACAGAAUAAAGAACGAGAAUUCAUUGCUCUCUAAAACAAUGAGGAUUUUCAAUACAAACUAUCGCCUCCUUAUUACUGGCACACCACUUCAGAAUAAUCUCCACGAACUUUGGUCUCUGCUUAACUUUCUUCUGCCCGAAAUAUUUAGUUCUGCUGAAACCUUUGAUGAAUGGUUUCAAAUCUCUGGUGAAAAUGAUCAACAGGAGGUUGUUCAACAAUUACACAAGGUUCUCCGACCAUUUCUCCUUCGAAGGUUGAAGUCGGAUGUUGAGAAAGGGUUGCCACCAAAAAAAGAAACCAUUCUUAAAGUUGGCAUGUCACAGAUGCAGAAACAGUAUUAUAAAGCAUUACUGCAGAAGGAUCUCGAGGUUGUCAAUGCCGGUGGAGAACGGAAGCGCCUCCUGAACAUAGCUAUGCAACUACGCAAAUGUUGUAAUCAUCCAUAUCUUUUCCAAGGUGCUGAACCUGGUCCCCCCUAUACAACAGGAGAUCAUCUCAUUACCAGUGCUGGUAAAAUGGUUCUUUUGGAUAAGUUGCUUCCUAAAUUAAAGGAGCGUGAUUCUAGGGUCCUUAUAUUUUCACAGAUGACUAGGCUGCUAGACAUUCUUGAAGACUAUUUAAUGUUCCGUGGAUAUCAAUAUUGUCGCAUAGAUGGCAAUACUGGUGGGGAUGAUCGUGAUGCCUCCAUUGAGGCUUACAACAAACCGGGAAGUGAGAAAUUUGUCUUCUUGUUAUCAACUCGAGCUGGGGGUCUUGGUAUUAAUCUUGCUACUGCUGAUGUCGUCAUUCUGUAUGAUAGUGACUGGAACCCACAAGUUGACUUGCAGGCUCAGGAUCGUGCUCAUAGGAUAGGUCAGAAGAAAGAAGUUCAAGUGUUCCGUUUUUGCACUGAGUAUACAAUUGAGGAGAAAGUCAUUGAAAGGGCUUACAAAAAGCUUGCACUUGAUGCUUUGGUAAUUCAACAAGGGCGGUUGGCUGAGCAGAAGACGGUAAAUAAAGAUGAGUUGCUUCAAAUGGUUAGAUUUGGAGCUGAAAUGGUUUUCAGUUCCAAGGAUAGUACAAUUACAGAUGAGGAUAUUGAUAGAAUUAUUGCCAAAGGAGAAGAGGCAACUGCAGAGCUUGAUGCCAAGAUGAAGAAAUUUACUGAAGAUGCGAUCAAAUUUAAGAUGGAUGACACUGCCGAGUUAUAUGACUUUGAUGAUGAUAAGGAUGAGAACAAAUUUGAUUUCAAAAAAAUUGUGAGUGAAAACUGGGUUGAGCCACCAAGAAGGGAGCGGAAGCGCAAUUACUCAGAGUCUGAGUACUUCAAGCAAACCUUGCGCCAAGGUGGCCCCACUAAACCAAAGGAGCCCCGCAUUCCAAGGAUGCCACAGUUGCAUGAUUUCCAGUUUUUCAACACUCAAAGACUGAGUGAACUGUAUGAAAAGGAAGUGCGUUAUCUCAUGCAAGCACAUCAGAAGAAUCAGGUGAAGGACUCAAUAGAUGUUGAUGAACCAGAAGAGGCAGGAAAUCAAUUGACUGCUGAAGAGAUGGAAGAAAAGGAACAUCUGCUAGAACAGGGAUUUUCAUCAUGGAGCCGGAAAGAUUUUAAUACUUUCCUCAGGGCCUGUGAGAAAUAUGGUCGAAAUGAUGUACAAAGUAUUGCUUCUGAGAUGGAAGGAAAAACUGAUGAGGAAGUUGAAAGAUAUGCCAAGGUCUUCAAAGAAAGAUACAAGGAAUUAAAUGAUUAUGAUAGAAUUAUCAAAAACAUUGAGAGGGGAGAGGCUAGAAUUUCUCGGAAGGAUGAGAUCAUGAAAGCUAUCGGAAAGAAAUUGGACCGCUACAAGAAUCCUUGGCUAGAGUUGAAAGUACAGUAUGGACAAAACAAAGGGAAGCUAUACAAUGAAGAAUGUGACCGAUUCAUGAUAUGCAUGGUUCACAAACUUGGCUAUGGUAACUGGGAUGAGUUGAAGGCUGCAUUUCGAACAUCACCUUUGUUCAGAUUUGAUUGGUUUGUUAAGUCUCGCACAACCCAGGAACUUGCCAGGAGGUGUGACACCCUUAUUCGGUUGGUAGAAAAGGAAAACCAGGAAUAUGAUGAGAGGGAAAGACAAGCUCGCAAAGAGAAGAAGCUUGCCAAGAACACGACUCCAACAAAGCGGGCUUUGGCAAGACAGACUGAGAGUCCAUCUUCUACAAAGAAGCGGAAGCAGUUAACUAUGGACGAUUAUGCUAAUUCGGGUAAGAGGAGAAAAUAA